GGCCAGCUGCAGGGAUGCUGACAGUCCAGCCCUGUUUAUUAGUGAGAGUGUUGAGGAGGCACAGGACUUGGCUCUGUUGAUCUGCACGGAAAUGAAUCAUCACAGAAAUGAAGUGCCAUGUGAACACGAGCACGGGGGCUGCUGGUCUAUAUAAAGGCUGAAUGACGGCGCACAGGAGCACUUUAGAGCUUACUGAAACGUGGUUAGGAGUCGUUGCUCCUCUGUAGACAUGGGGAAGUUUGAUGAGCGUGCUUUGCUCCUGCUUGCCGUUUGCGUGCUCGCUGUUCACACUCCAGCAGAAGCCUGGUACAAACAAGCAGCCGGACCCACUUACUACUCCGUCGGUAGAGCCUCGGGGCUGCUGGCAGGAAUCCGGAGAUCAGCCAUCAGGAGAGACGAAGCAGACACACGGGACAGCGGAGAAGCCACCGGAAAUCACGCAGUCUUACACACCAACUCCCGCAACUUCGCUCUGAAGAACAUGCCUAUUUGUGUGAAGGACGUUUUGCCGGAGCUGCAAAGUUGUGAGCUGAUGCAGGACUCCAUGUUCCGGUGCGAGGCGGCAGUCAUUAUCACCCUGGACUCCAGUAACUGCGUGAACGCAUGAGGAUCACCUCUGUUUCCGGACUGAACAAAAUAUAAGCACAAACAAAAUACUUUAAGUGUGUGUCCAGUCAGUAGGCUAUACAGUUUGUGAGUGCAGUAUGAGACCGGGUGCCUUACUGUAUUAGUCUGGGAGAUCACACAGGAAAACAGGAAAACCAUAUGAAACAAUAUGAAGCCUAUAGAGCAUAUCUAAGAACAGCACUUUCCCCCAUUGUGGCAGUCAUUUAUUGUGUGUGUGUGUGUGUGU